AUGGCUGCGCAUCUACUCGGUGCGCCCAACUUGCCCGUGGGGCAUGAUGGGGGGGAGCCCCUGCAGCAGCACAAUCCAAAUCCCCGGACGGCUUACGGCCUGCCGGUCCCAGCCCGAGAACGCGCCAUCGAUGAGCAGGGGUACGAGCUGACGAAGCACUCGCUGCGGUUCCGAGGCGAGGACUGGGACAUUGUGCUCAACAGCAAGCGUGAGGAGCUCCGGGCUGCGUUCAUCCGCGACGCGGCCGCCGCGACGGGGGAGCCGGAAAGCAACAUCGUCGACGUCCGCCACUACGUGGACGAGGCUCACCGACUCAUCGUGCGGUUCAACGUGCGUCACCGGGCGCAAACCUCGAGCUCCGCCGUGCAGGAUCGCCUAGCGACGUACCCGUACGAGGCUGUGCGGGCCUUGUACGAGCCUCGUGUGAAGAAGCCGCGGAAGGGCCGGACUCGCAUGAACUCUUCCCUUGCAGCCUCCAUUGCUCGCCAGCGGUGGCCGCAGCCGGCGCUCAGCUGCUAUGGACACGCCGUUGGCGACGUCGGGCCCAACGGGUUGGAGUUUCGCGACAAGAAGGAGCAGGAGGAGGUGCUGGAUACGGGCCACGACAAGAUGCCUGAGCCGCAAAUAACCACCAUUCUCGCCUAG